AUGCGAUCGUGCCACAUUGCAGCGCUGCGUCCAGCAGCUUGUUUGCUCAUGGCUCAGAGCUCCUUCGGCCCUAGCCAGGCAUUGGCCCACUACAAAGGCACCAAACACGCCAAGAAGCUGAAAUCCUUGGACGCCCCGAAAUGCCUCAAACACAAGAGUUCCCUGGUCACCAGGGAAAAUACCAACAAGGAGCCGCCUAGAGGCCUCUCUCCCUCCAUAGUGGCCAGCAACACUGACAGAAAAGGUGGGAGUCCUGGAGCGCCUGUGGCCCCUUCAUCACCCUUUUCUGCCCCAAGGUCCGGCCCCAGCGUGGAGCCCACAGAGCCAGAGUCUACCUCAGUAUCAGGAGGAGAGGACGGCCGCUCCAUCACGCCCAACCCACCUGAACUGGAGGAGAACGACCCCACAGUCAGUCCAGAGACAGAGACGGAGACGGAGGAUGAGAAAGCACUGCGUCUGCUCUACUGCUCCCUCUGUAAGGUGGCCGUCAACUCUGCGUCACAGCUAGACGCGCAUAACAGUGGCACCAAACACAAAACCAUGCUGGAGGCUCGUAGUGGGAUCGGCUCCAUCAAAUCCUUCCCCAGGCCCGGACUGAAGAGCAAGCUGACUGCACCCGCUAAAGCAGACACGGGCCUGCAGAACAAGACAUUCCACUGUGAAGCCUGCGAUGUGCGCGUCAAUUCAGAGACGCAGCUCAAGCAGCAUAUCAGCAGCAGACGCCAUAAAGACAGAGCUGCAGGGAAACCAGACAAACCCAAGUACAGUCCUUACCCCAAAACCCAAAGAGGAGCCACCAAACAGACACAGAUGAAGAUGCCAGCCGGAAAAGACCUGUGUCCACCGCUGACCACCAGGAUAAUGCCGUCCCACCUGGCAGCUGUCGCCGCUGCGAUCGCCGCUGUAGGCUCCGCCUUCCCGCUGCGUGCCUGCCAUAACCCCGCCCUCUUUCAGACUCAGUCCCUCCCCGCCGCGCUGCUCCGCCCUGCCCCAGGGCCAAUCAGGACUGCUCACACACCUGUACUGUUUGCCCCUUAUUGACCUUUGAACUAUGACCUCUGGGGGAUCGGAUCAUUAACCCCUCCAUCACCUCAUACCCAGAUCCAAUGCGUGAUAUCGCAAUAAUUUAAAGACAAAACAUUUACCAGGUAACUAUGCAUUAUCAUUUACUUGUGACACACUGACGUUAAGCUAUAAAUGUAUUGGUGGAUAUUUGAUUUUUGUUUUUUUUUGUGUAUGGAAACCAUGAUUCAUCAUUAUCAUCGCUUAGAGUACAAGACUGAUUUGUAAAUUUAAGGUGAGUUUGGGAACACAGAGAUGUUAAUAAUGGGGGAAAUGAAAAGUUGUAUUUCUCUACUGUUUUGCACUUUAAGUCUUUCUGUUGAUGAUUUCAGUGCUUUAGAUGUCUAGAUCCCUUCCUGUUUCCAGCUGUUGGUGUAACAGGUCAGCAGUGCUUCAUUUGUCAAUGGACCUGUUUCACAUUUCUGUGGUUCUCAGAAACAGAAGUCGUCAUAAACUUCUAUAGUGGGGAAUGGAAUCUACAACAAAUAUCAUUUUUGGGUUCCCAUUAGCGUCAAUAGAAAAAGUAACAUUUCUAUGACUUCACAAAAGAGGAAGAAAUUUCUAUUCAUAUAUCAUAUCAGCAUAAUCAUAUAAAAAAUUCAUAUAUCAAAUAUCUACAUAAUCAAUUACGCUGGUCAGAAAAGAGAAAUAUGUCAAAUUUGCCACCACUCCCUCAAAAAAUAUACAAUUUUCACUCUGAAAUUGCUCAUUUAUUUUCCAAAAUUAAGAAUUUAUUAUUAAUCAUACAUUAAAUCGACAAAAAUAAUUGUUGUUGUCCGUUCUUAAUAAAUUAAGUAAUGAAAAAUUUGCCAUCACUUCCUCAAAAAAUUACUUUGAAACAAUUUUCACUCAGAAAUUGCU